AUGAAUGAACCAAGCAACUUGAAGCUUCUUGAUCUCUCAAACAAUCUCUUAUCUGAAGAGAUCCCUGAUUGUUGGAUGUAUUGGAAUUCAUUGGAAGCCAUAAAUUUGGGAAACAAUAAUUUCACUGGGACUGUUCCAAGCUCUUUGGGUUCUCUGUCUGGGCUUCAAUCACUGCAUUUGCCCAAUAAUCAUCUUUCUGGUGAACUUCCUUCAUCUCUGCAAAAUUGCACUGAGUCGCAGAUCAUUGACCUCGAUAAGAAUGAGUUUUCUGGAAACAUACCGAUGUGGUUAGGGGAAUGCUUAGUGAAGCUAAUAGUUCUAGUCUUAAAUUCAAACAAUUUUGGUGGUAGCAUUCCAUCAGAACUUUGUAACCUGUCAUCACUUCAAAUCCUGGACCUUGCUCAUAACAAACUUUCAGGAACCAUACCUCAAUGCUUCAGCAAUUUCAGUGCUUUGGCCAAAGAAAAGGUAUCAUAUGAAGCUACAAGUGUCUCUCAGCCCUCAUGUGAAGUACUUGUUCCUUACUCUCAGUUACCAGAUUAUGCAGGUCAUGUAGAGGAGGUAUGGCUGAUUAUCAAAGGAAAUGAGCUUGAGUUUAUCUAUAAUCUUAACCUUCUAAUGAGCAUGGACCUUUCAGACGAUGAUUUACUCUCUGGUGAAAUUCCUCAAAGCAUGUCAAAGCUAACAUUUUUGAGUAUCUUGCACUUGUCAUAUAACAAUUUGUCAGGUAGUAUUCCAUUGAGUACCCAACUCCAAAGCUUUGAUGCAUCCAGCUUUAUGGGAAACCCAGAACUCUGUGGACCUCCACUCACACUGAAUUGUACUGAAGAUGGGCAUGGAAGAACAGAUGAAGGUAGUGUGUUUCAAAUGGAACAGAUAGUUGUAUACUCUGAUUCUAAGCCAGAGAUUAACACCAGGAUAAUGGUUUAUAGAUCGGUGGGAACUGCAACAGCUGCAUUUGUAUUGGAUGUUCUUGAAGGAAACACAAACUUUGGUGUUUGGUUUCCAGAAGAAGAUUUAUAA